ACAAAACAACCAGCUACUGCUGUUAGUGUGUGUCUUGCUUACGAAUCCUUUCUCAUGUGAUCGUUGAAGUUUUGGAUUUGUGUAAUGCAAGGAGAGUGCUUUAGAAACCAGUGACGGGUAUGUGAGAUCAAGGGAGGAAGUUUGGGGGUGUCCAUGUGGGGAUAAUUUGAGACUGAUCUAGAAUCAGAUUUAUGGAAGGCAGCUGUUGCGGGUUUGACAGACAGACGGGUCGGAAGACUACAGUACUGCUGCGGAACAGAAGCGGAUUUGAGCCACUGCUGCCUGCAGAAGAGCAUAGAAGAGUGUGACAGAGCACACUGAAACAGCAAGGAUGGUGCGUGAACAGUACCUCACCACUACCGAUGAUUCAGGGGUCCUGGCACCAGUUACUGAGUACAUCUACAUGAUCGGCAUAUAUGGCUGGAGGAAACGCUGCCUCUAUCUGUUUGUUCUGCUUCUCCUCAUCAUUCUGGUAGUGAACUUUGCCCUUACGAUCUGGAUCCUGCGAGUUAUGUGGUUCAAUUCGGAUGGCAUGGGAUACCUGCAGGUCAAUACAGAUGGACUGAGACUGGAGGGAGAAUCCGACUUCCUCUUCCCUGUUUAUGCCCAGGAAAUUAACUCCAGAGAGGAUUCAGCUCUUCUGGUGCACUCCUCUGAAAAUGUCACUCUCAAUGCUCGCAAUGCCAAUGGUGAUGUCACAGGAAGUGUGUCUGUAGGUCCAGGCCAGGCUAGGGGUUUUGGUAAACACUUCAACAUCAGUUCAAACCAUGAUGAAAAUUUAUUUUAUGCAGAUGAAAAUGGAGCCGUUGUUGGAAAAGGAAAGCUCCGUGUAACAGGUCCAGAAGGAGCUCUCUUUGAACAUUCUGUCAGGACUCCUCUGGUCAAAGCAGUACUGAAUAAAGACCUCAGACUGGAGUGUCCAACACGCUCUCUCAGCAUGGAUGCCCCGAAAGGAGUUCAUGUCAAAGCCUUGGCUGGGAAUGCUGAUGUGACAGCACACUUUGACAUUCGGCUACAUUCAACUGCAGGACUGUUGAUUUUAGAUGCUGAAUCUGUCCGUCUGCCCACGUUACCUGUGGGUGAAGCCAGAACUUCAGGUGACUCGCAGGGAUUGUACGACAUGUUUGAGGUGUGUGUUUGCCCCAGCGGUAAGCUCUUCCUCUCCAAAGCUGGAGUCUCCUCUACAUGUAGUGAGCAACAGGACUGCUGAAUACGUUUCUGUCUGUAACACCUAUACAAAAAUGAAAUCUGCCAUAGCAACAAGGGCUUCUGUCCGAUAUCUCCCUUGAUGGAGGGUCUCUGGUCAUAUAUAUAUAUAUAUAUAUAUAUAUAUAUAUAUAUAUAUAUAUAUAUAUAAAAACACCACAGUAACUCAGUAACAUGUUACUUGUUAACAUGUUACUGAGUAUAUUUGUUAUUUGACAGGGAAGUUGACAUUUACAGUAUACAGUCUGCAGUUUAUAUUGUAUAUGGCACAAAGUGAUUGAGGAAGUUUUUUCUUUGUAGUAAAAUUUUUUCAAAAUGAGGCUGGGCAAUAAAGGGGCUGUUCCACAGCUUUCAUCCUAUGCAAUAUAAUUUUGAGGUGCAAUAACCAAAUUGUAUGUAUUGAAUAUGAACUAGUUUUUGUUUAGGAAACACAGAACAGUAACUACAGUCAUUUUUAUGUGAAAUCAAAAAUUUGUCAUAACUGCUGGUGUUUUGCAACGCAAGACUGUUCUGUAUGAAAAAAGUCAGCAUAAUCAAUGUUGCUUGGAUAAAUAAACAUACAUGCCAACUUUUCAAAAUGGAUUAUUGUUGUAAUUACAUUAAUAUGAUUGUGUUUUGUUCUGUUUGAAGAAAUAAAUGUUCUCUUGAAUUUUAAACUUUUUGGGUUUAAUAUCACAUUUGCUACUCCAUCUUUUUUUUUUUAGUUAUCAAGACUGAUAAGCAAUCUCUAUGGCAGCUUUAAACAUUAGGGUUUUGUGUUCCUUUGUGCUGAACUGUAUUUGUGUAUGUGAAAAUGCUUAGAGUGGUUAUGUUUUUAUAUACAUUGGCAGCGGUCAUUCAGUUUAUACAUCAGUUGUAUAUCUUAUAUUUUGAUUGAUGUAUAUUUUGUUUGAACAGGAGAAUUGUGUCAUAUAUUUUGGUUUAUCUAAAUGUAAAUUAGAUUUGCCAUAUAUUGAUAUUUGAAUUAUAGUUUACCUAUCAAACAUGCAUGGAAAAGUAUUUUUCCCACAUCCCAAUUCAGAUAAUCUGACAUGAGCUGUUCUUUUAAGGCUGCUAAAGAAAUAAUUAAAUCUGUUUUGUGUGUUCAAUAAAUGUAUAAUGUAAAAAGUGUUUUACCUGUUACUAUGACUUACAUGAACAUUAGUUUAAAUUAAUUUAAAGUAAUGCAAGACCACAGCUAAUAAAAGCAAUAGCUCAC